AUGGCGAGCUCGAAAUGGCAUUGUUGUGUAGAAGCCAAGAUUAUGGGUUCGCUGGAGGUGGUGUGGAAGAUAGCAAGCGACUAUUACGAGCUACAGAAGUGGUUUCCGGGCAUGAAAUCGUGCGAAAGAGUGGAGGGGGCGCCUGAAAAGGGCGUGGGCUCUGUGCGCCGCUGUAUAAGAGCCUCAAGAUCUGAGAAUAGCAGAGAUACUUUUGUGGUAGAGGAGCUCAUCGCUCAGGAUGAUGCAAACCAUUCUUUUACUUUUCGCAUGACGGACACCGACAUGCCGGGCUUUAUUGGGUUCGAGGCUACCUUUGAACUCUGUGAAGCGAAGGAAGAUGGUAACUGUUUGAUGAAAUGGUCUUUCCAGAUGAACCCCAUUACCGGCCGUUCCAAAGAGGAUACUGAGGCCAAUUUGAAGUCUAUUCUUAUGGGCAUGGUCAAGAAUCUAGAACAGCUCGCUUCUUCACAGUAA